AUGAAAAACAUAAAAAUCGAGUUCUUACCUCCAAACACCACAUCCAAGCUACAGCCAUUGGAUCAAGGAAUAAUUAAGAACUUUAAAGUUCAUUACCGGAAGGAAGUUGUACGCCUCUUCCUUCGUGACCCCGAGGACAAGAACCCUACAAAAAUAAGCAUACUUGAUGCAAUGUGGAUGGCUUCUAAGGCGUGGAACAAUGUUACCGAAAAUACUAUAAAGAACUGCUUCAAGAAAAGUGGCUUUAAACAGCAAGUUGACGAAGAAGAGGAAAGUGUUGUAGAAGACUGUUCAAUUGUUGAAACGGAUAACAGUGAACUUGCUAGUCCUGUACUGUGGAGACAAGUGACUCAGGCCCUUACUUUGGAAGGGCUGUCUUUCGAAGACUUUGUGGCCGUCGAUGACGAGCUUGCUACUUGCGGCAAAUUAAGCGAUGCAGACAUUAUUGCAUCCGUUUCCAAGGACACGAGUGUAGAAGACAGUGUAGUCGAGGACGGCGAGGAUGAUGACGGACAACGAAGUCGAAACGCCUGA